UCCCCGGCAGAGCGCCUUCGGCCAGCUCGUUCUCAACGUCUGUGCCGGGGAGCGGGGCCAGCUCCAGUUAUGGCCUCAGCGACGGGCCGUCCUCCUACUGCCAGGUGUUCUCUUUGUGAAGUUGGGAAUGACAGGCGGCGCUCCGUGGCCGCGGCGUGCUCGACCCAGCUCUGCUGCGCUGGAGGCACGCACUGCGCGGCCCGGACGGCUGCUGGCACCACCGGGGGCCACACCAGGGCUAUCGGGUUCCAGAUCAGCCACCACGUGCAAACGGAGUGCACGCCUCUAUGGUCGCUGCAGCACCGAUCCGUCGCUCAGCGCGCCCAUUCCGUGGGGAGGGGGGAGGAGGAGGAGUAA